CGCCCAACGCAAGCCCAAGGCUACAUGUAAAUCCACAACAAGGAACUCGCCAUAUUCUCUCCCCCUGUGGGUGCAGACGGCGCUCGCGGUUUUGCCGGUGAGACACAGCAGUAGACGCGGCAAAAGAGGCAGCUGGAGACGAGAGUCGAGAAGGCGGCUUUGUUAUCGCUGAGCGAGGAGGAGGAGGAGGAGGAAGGAAGGAAGGCGGCCGUUCCGAUAAGAAAGCGACGGUCGCUGGAUGCGGCAUGGCAGGCCCUGCGGGGGGUGGCAGGGCGCACUCGUUCAAGGCGGUGUUGUUGGGCGAGGGCUGCGUGGGGAAGACGUCUCUGGUGCUGCGCUACUGCGAGAACAAGUUCAAUGACAAGCACAUCACAACGCUACAGGCAUCCUUCUUGACCAAGAAACUGAAUAUCGCUGGGAAAAGAGUAAAUCUGGCCAUUUGGGACACGGCAGGCCAGGAACGCUUCCACGCACUUGGGCCUAUCUAUUACCGUGACUCCAACGGAGCCAUUCUCGUGUAUGACAUCACGGAUGAGGACUCCUUUCAGAAGGUCAAAAACUGGGUAAAAGAAUUAAGGAAAAUGCUUGGAAACGACAUCUGUUUAUGUAUAGUAGGUAACAAGAUAGACCUUGAGAAAGACAGGCACGUGUCCGUGGAGGAAGCCGAGGAGUACGCGACGUCAGUAGGAGCCAAGCACUUUCAUACAUCCGCCAAACAAAACAAGGGCAUCGAAGAGCUCUUUCUGGACCUUUGCAAAAGGAUGCUGGAGACGGCGCAGUCGGAGGAGAGCGGGAAGGGGAACGGCGCGUCCCGUGGCGGCAGCACGCGGCGCGGGGUGCAGAUCGUUGACGACGAGCCCCAGCAGCAAGGCUCCGGAGGCUGCUGCUCCUCCUGAGCUCGUCCCCGCACUCCGCCUACUCAUCCUCCUCCUUGCUCAACCACCGCCAACACCAUUGGGCCCUUUUUACAACAGCUUGGAAAUCGCUCCAUGCAUGUUCACCGACGGUGCUUGAACUGACAAGCAAGCAUGAAUGCUCGUCCGUCGUUUAUCCGACGUGAAUCUCAAGCGUUGGGGGGUGAUGCUGAUCUGGCUUAGUCGGUUGCCUGAGAAAUCUGGCCUGAGAAUCCUGAUGGGCAUAGAUGUAAGCAAUUUGUAAGCAGUGCGCGCAGUGCAGCUGCCUUAUCGCUUUGCGGAACAGCUUAUACAUCAACAUUAUACAUGUUGACAUUUGAACAUGAAACAAUAUUUACUAUCUACGUUAAAAAGUUUUGCCAAUGAAAUUUCCUGAAAUAUGUAUGUCAAAACAUACAAAUUAAUUAAGGCGGAGAGCAAGCACCGCUUGUUUAUCUUUCUGCAAACAUCUUAACGUGGGACAGCUCGGACUCUUACGUAAGAUUUGGCGAUUUAAUUGCAUUAAGACCUGUUGUAAAAAGGGCGAUUAAAAUAGCAAAUUUUUGAUGAACAUGACACCCUUUCAUUAUUGGAGUGCCAUGUUGCUGAGAGGAGUCCUUGUAUAACUUUAGACACCUGUAAUUCGCACCUCGUGUACUCCCACAACGAUAGAAGGUAUACAACCCUUGUGGAUUAACAGACCACCGACUUUGUGUGUGCUUCGUAGGCAUUUAUUAGGGGUGUCUAACAAAGUAUCCCUUCUGUGUUUUCCUUUCAAAAUGUUAGACAACUGCUCUCUUUACUGACAAUUCAGACACAAACCAUGGUUAUACCUGGACACAUGACAUGUUGCGUAUUAAGAGUAUUGGCAAAUUAAAUUUGUUUAGAAAUGCACAGCAUCUUCUCCAUCGCUUGGCAUGAAUUUGUGCUUAGGAUGAAUAACAGGGAAGUUGUAAAACUGUUUCACAUGCACCAAGGACCCCAAUAGAGUUUCAUUGUAAACUUUUACAUUUGCAAAACAAUACUCGUAAGAAAAUGACCAAACGUUCUAAGUAAGAUCUUCCUGAAAUAAAAAAAUUGAGCUAAUUUAAGGUUUUCCUGGUUAAAUACUGUAAUUUACAUUUUGCGAUUAUAAUUUUAUCAUGUGUUGUUGAUGUUUUCUCAUGCCCAAGUUGCACACCACUUGUGAUAUGCCUUUUGUCACUACUCCGUUCAUUGUUGAAGCUGGCCUAAGUCUGGAGUUUGCACCCUCAAGCCUGCAUAUCUCUUGCAUCUCCUGUGUUUCUCUACUCAAUCCAUUUGCCCCCCCCCCCCCUCUUCAGGUGUUCUCCGUGUACAACGAACGCACUUCUGUUUUUCCAAAUGUCUUGCGUUUUUAGCAUUGCCACAUCCGUGCGGUGUUCUGGGUCAACAAUGUAUUUUCUUCAAUUAUUAAGAUUAAUGCUACAAAUAAACAUUUUCACAUUCGGGUUUUAUAUAUGAGUAAAGAUGCAUAUACGUACUAAUAAAUUGAUAUCAAUUCAGCUUGAGUAAUGAGACACAUUUCACGAAUCACACUAGGAAAUGAUGCAUGCAGUGUUUAGCCAUUGGGAGAGAUUUGAAAGGUCAUAUUUCCAGGUGCCUCUGACCCAUAACGCUGAGAUCUUGGACAUGUCAGUGUUGCUAAAAUUAGACGUGGAUUUGGCAUGCAUUGGCUUGAUUAGAAGUGUCCUGGCCAAUGGAAUAGAAUAUUGUUACAUGCUGAUAUGUCCCAUUUUGGUGUCGUUCGAAGUCCUGUUGUUAAAUAUUGAUUGUAUGACUUAAUUACUGCUGUGUUAAAGUUUAUUUAGUUGAAAACUACACUUUCUCUAUAUGAAAAAGAUGUUGCGAUGUGUGGUUGUUAAUAAAGCUGCAACUUUCAAGUCAUUGUUGAAGGACAAGAUCCCUCGUCGCUGGAGGAGCGGUGCAAGUAGUGUGUCAAGAUGCCGCACUGGGAAGGCCACAGCAGACGGCUGUUUUUGGAAAUUGUCGAGCGGUGUCGCUAGUCUAGUAGACAUCGGCACUAUACUGUAAAAAUGUUGACGUCUUAUUUGUAAUGGACAGCCAACAUGCAAGCCCCUAGCAUUUUGGUGUGGAACGCACAUUAGGAAUUUGAAACGAUGUAUCAACUCAAAUUGUAAAACUCAAUACUGUAGUCUUUAAUUCAGAAUUGAAAAUGUAUACAGCACAUUUUGUAUUCGUGAUGGUGAUAUCUGGAUACGCAUAUCGGGGUUUCUUCAGACAGAUGGUGAGUAGGAAGCAGAAUGCCGACCUUCAACUUGUAUGUUGAUAACUGACUUGCCUAAUGACAGGAUACAUCGUGGUAUUUUAUACACGUGACCCCUAUUCGUUGUGUCCAGAAUCCCUUUUAAGAUACAAGGCAAAUGCAAGCUAUCACGUCUUGGCACAAAAAAUACCUAUUGCACCGUUUAUCCAUUUGCUUUUUUAAAUUAAAUUCUUCUCAGUGCUAAACUAUGUUAAUUGACACUUUGUUGCAGUUUGUGGCAGCGGAAUGUUUGACCAUACAGGAAAGGUUUUUCAAUACAGCAGAAAAUGGUAAUUUUUGUUGUCGGUUUCUCAGAUAAGUAUGCAUUUUGCCGAGCUGCCGCAUGUGAUGUGGAGGUCGGCACGAUGCUAGGUUGAGGGUAUUUUGGAUGUAAAAGUGCCAUUUGAUCUGCCAUGUUAGUGUCAACGCUUUCUAAAGCUUCUGGCAAAACUGCCCCCUUAAUAUUCAAAAGGUUUUAAAUUAUUAUUCUGAAGGCUAGAUCCAAAUGAGUUUAUUUCAGGGGAAGUAUUUAUUUUUAGGAGGGUGUUAAUAUUUCAGUUGCCUUGGGUGCCCGACUAACUUGACGUUCAAAAAACCAUUGAGUGCAUUCUCCCGUCUCGUCACUUAAAACCCUGAUAUUGAGAAGGGAAGUAUUUAAUCAAAUCCACAUUUUAACUAACACUUGAUGCUUAAUUGUAACACUACUGUAUAAUAAUUCAAAGAAAACCUGUAUAGAUUAAAUAAAAAUGGGAAAUAAUUGUUUUCCUUAAAUCUAUAAGAUUUCCACAAGGGCUUCUGGAGGACGGUUCAUCCGGGUGACAUGCCAGUCACUUUGAAAACAGGCUUGGAUCAGGCACGCUCCCAGCAGGGAAGGUCCCUUCCCAAGUAAGACUUGUACAUGGCUCUAUAGGCUGCCGUUUCUCCACAGUUAAAAAUAACGCACGCUACAUACAUGUUGUGCAUGCUGCUGUUGGGUAUUCUCGAUUUGUGCAGACUGUAAUUGACACUUGUAAAAGUCUUAUUUAAAAUACGGCAUAUAAAGUAUUUUACUCAUGUUUCA